AUGGCUCACAAAAAAGGCUCAAAACGACCUACUCCUGCAGUAAUUCUCUCAGAUUCUGAUAGCGAUUCGUCCUCCCAAUCAUCUGGAUCAGGAGAUGACUCAUCUUCAUCGGAUAUUGAAUCCCUUCCGUCUCCAGAAAUCAAAGCCAAGCCUCGCAAGGAGGCUAGAAAACAUGCAAAAAAGGUAGCCAAAAAAGGCAAUCGGGGUGGUAAACACGAAAGUAAUAGUAAGAGGGGAACGAGUCCGAGGGAUCGAUGCUUGCAUAUUGCACACUGGAUACCUUGUGGCAUCAACAUGUUCUGCAGUCUGAGGGACGUAUUCUGCACUGCCAAUCUGGUGAGGCAAGAUGAGGCUGCACAAGACUUAUCCGAGCCAGAAGACGAAGCUGCUAAAAAGGAGCGCAAGGAGAUGCUCGCACAUCUGACUAAGGACGUCCAAGAGCAUCACAUGAAUACCUUUCAGAGGAUUGUCUUGUUGGUGCCGCACCUGGGUGUGCUUGCUAGAGGUAACAAGAAGCAACAAAGAGAACUAGAUAGGAUUCUUGCUGAGAUGCAAGAUAUCAUGGGCCAGAUUCGCUCUGAAGACACAAGUCAUCUCAAGCCCUUCAUCAGGCGUUAUGCAGCUUCUGACCCUGACAGCGACGGCUUGCAUCCUCCUAUCUACUCGGACCAUUCGAAGUCUCGUGCCAAGAUGGGCAUGAAUCACCCGCAGCUGGCCGGUAUGCUCUGUCCAAUCAAGCACAUGCAAUCCUAUCAAAAAGAGCCAAGAAAAGUUCAAGCGCAACUGCAAAAUGGCGAGAUCAAAGUUCAUGCAAGCAUUUGGCUGGCACUUGCUUAUGCCGGCAAUCCUCUGGGAAAAGACUUCGACCCCGAUAAUGUCCAGGAAGGAUUUUUGCCAGGCUAUCUCCUUAAACGAGUUCUAAGGCAUAUUUACACGAGUCCUUCCUCUGCACUCAUCGAUGACGGAGAGAAGACUACUGUUCGUUCUGGCAAUGCAAAACUUCACAACAUGCAAAAGGUAGAGGCGGAACACAUUGCCUAUGCCUUCAUUCAAUGGCAGGCUCGCUAUGGAAUAUCCUCGCAUGACAAGUGGUCCGAGAAUGACGGAAAAUACAGUUACUGUGAUGCAUACUACCGCACCAUCAAAGCUAUUCACGAGGCACCCGACCCCGAUUGGGCGAAGUCCCUUCUUGAGUGGUGGAAUAAUGCAGUGUUCACUAAUAAGAAGGGUGUACUCGACUUCAACCUUAGCGAAAACGAAGAUGAAGAGGAUGACUAUGCUUUGAUGAAGAAACAAUUUGUGAUGCGUACAGUAAAGGGACAGGCUGAGGUGCGGUUUUAUUUUAUUUUAUGA